AUGGCCGCUACUCUCUCGCGCACCUUGCGACCCUUAUCGCGCGCAGUUUCCUCUGGGCUUUCCUCCUCGAAGAGAGUAAUUCCUGCUCGAACUCUUCAAUACACCCCCCGUGCGUUCUCGACGACAACCCGCCGGCGCGAUGUCGAAUUAACCGAUCUCACGCCGACCCCAAUCUCGCACCUCACAGAAACCGAAGCGCUGAUGGCCGAGACCGUAUACAAGUUUGCACAAGAACAAGUCGGGCCCAAAGUGCGAGAAAUGGACGAGGCCGAGGCCAUGGACCCGGCGGUCAUCGAACAGCUGUUUGAACAGGGACUGAUGGGCAUUGAGAUACCAGAAGAGUACGGAGGCUCCGGCAUGAACUUCACAUCGGCCAUCAUUGCCAUCGAGGAGCUGGCCCGCGUCGACCCCAGUGUCAGCGUCAUGGUGGACGUGCACAACACGCUGGUAAACAGCGCAGUGAUGAAAUACGGCGAUGCCGAGGCCCAGCGCAAGUGGCUCCCGAAACUCGCCUCUGGCACAUUGGGCUCGUUCUGUCUGUCAGAGCCCGCUUCGGGCUCCGACUCAUUUGCGCUGCAAACCAAGGCAGAGAAAACGGCCAACGGAUAUAAAAUCAAUGGCUCCAAGAUGUGGAUUACCAACUCCAUGGAGGCCGGGUUUUUCAUUGUGUUUGCCAACCUCGACCCGAGCAAGGGCUACAAGGGCAUCACGGCGUUUAUUGUCGAGAAGGAUACGCCUGGUUUCAGCAUUGCUAAGAAAGAAAAGAAGCUGGGAAUCCGUGCAAGCAGCACCUGCACGCUUAGUUUUGACGAUGUCGAGAUCCCCAAGAGUAAUCUCCUUGGCGAGGAGGGCAAGGGUUACAAGAUUGCCAUUGGCAUUUUGAACGAAGGGCGUAUUGGGAUUGCCGCACAAAUGACUGGGUUGGCUCUCGGGGCAUGGGAGAAUGCUGCAGGAUACGCCUGGAACGACCGCAAACAGUUUGGUCAGUUGAUUGGUACCUUCCAAGGCAUGCAACAUCAGCUCGCACAGGCAUACACCGAAAUUGCCGCGGCGCGCGCGCUGGUCUACAAUGCCGCGCGCAAGAAGGAGGUGGGACAAGACUACGUCGUGGACGCUGCCAUGGCGAAACUUUAUGCAUCGCAGGUUGCCGGGCGCGUUGCAGGCUCUGCUGUCGAGUGGAUGGGCGGCAUGGGCUUUGUGCGCGAAGGCAUUGCGGAGAAGAUGUUCCGCGACAGCAAGAUUGGGGCUAUUUACGAGGGUACAAGCAAUAUCCAGUUGCAGACUAUUGCUAAGAAGUUGCAGACUCAGUAUACCCGUUAA